GUGCGUGACUGCGCGUGAGCUUACCUGCUCGGCUUUAUAAGCCGGCCAGGUACCCCUGACCCGCAUCUACUCACCACUGGCCCAUUUGCAGAGACCUGGAUAAUACCCGGCGCUGCUUCAGAGCCUUGAUUCUCCUUCAACUUCUGUUUCGGCUUCAAGUUCUGCUCAACUUCAAGUUCUCCUUCAACUCCCUCUUCUGCUUCAUUUUCUGCUUCAACUUCAGGUUCUCCUUCAACUCCCUCUUCUGCUUCAUUUUCUGCUUUAGGUUCUGUCUGCGUGGGCCAGGCUGCCCGAUUGGACAUCAUGAGCAUCCCCACCACACUUGUGGUGGCAUUGGCACUGACUUUGUGCGCCUGGAUUACGCUUUGUGGAGACAUUUCGUGCGAUUCCGGAUGGGAGGUGUUCGGCUCCAGCUGCUACAAGAAGAUGCCAGCCACCAACGGUUGGCUGGGGGCCCGUUUACACUGCGCCCUGGAGGGCGGCGACCUGGUCUCCUUCAACUCAUUGGCCGAGGAAGAUUUUGUGAAGGGCAAAAUGGGGGACGACCCGUUCUGGAUCGGACUCUCCAACCUGGAAUGCGGCCAUAAGUUGUGUCAUCGAAUGUCAGGCAAGGAGCCGAAAUGGUCCGACGACACACCGCUGAUCUACAGCAACUGGGGUCCCGGUCAAGCCGUAAGCACCACAUCGGAGUCCUGUACCUACUUCAACUCAAAAGCACAUCACAGCGACCAGUCCAACAAGUGGAGAACCGGCUUGUGCGAGUCCUCCCUGGCGUACAUGUGCAAACGCUCGCCCGACGGCUGCCCGGACGGACAACCGUGCUCCAAGAAGGCUGACCGUUUGGCUCUCUCUCCGGUGCAAACUUCCGCCUGCGACCCCGGCUACUUGCUCUACGGCCCUUUUUGCUACCGCUUCUUGGAGACCAAAAAAACUUGGCAGGCAGCUGAGGAUGACUGCGUCGCACGGGGAGGUCACCUGGCAAGCGUCCACUCGCAUGAAGACGGCAAAUGGAUGCUGGCUCACACAGCCCCUUAUCCUUGGCUGGGACUGCAUAAACCAUCGGACAAGUUUGAGUGGACUGACAAAACGUCUUCAGACCUCAUCUUGUGGCACCCAGGUCAUCCAAAUAAAAACCUCUACGGUGCUCUGUCACACAUUGGACUGAUCUAUGUCGACAGCAGCAGCACACUGAGCUCCAUCUGUCAAAACGGUGCGUAG